AUGUUUGCCAGAUGCAUCAGGCGAUUUCUCCUUCCUAGUCGGCAGUCGCUGAGCUCAAGACCAGGUAUAGCCGCUGUAUCGACAACUGCAGAGUCCUUUAUAUCACCGGUUCUGCUCAAACGUGCUCGAAGCAUUGCGGAAGAACACACAAAGCUUGCCAACCAGAAUGCGGAGAACUACGAUGUUGCAACAGCGAGGAAGAUUGGACAGUUAUCCACGGUGACAGCUGCGCUCGCAGAAUGGGAUAAUGCACAGAAUUCCAUCAAAGAGUUGAACUCUCUUCUUUCAGACCCCACUAGCGACAGCGAAAUCAAGAGUCUCGCCUCCGAAGAUGUCGCAGCUACGUCUGCUACGGUUCCGCGCCUCAUCUCUCUCCUGAAGCGAUCCCUCAUCCCGCCUCGCCCCUUCGCAUCCCUCCCCUGCCUGCUAGAGAUCCACCCCGGCGCUGGCGGCUCCGAAGCCUCCCUCUUCGCCGCCGAGCUCCUACAUAUGUACACUACGUUCUGUGCGAACAAAGGCUGGAAAACCGAGCUCGUCAAAUACGAAGCCGAUGAAAGUGCUCCGGGCUCUGAAGAAGGUCUCACUGAUGCGGUGCUCGAAGUCACACAACCCGGCAGCUACCACAUGCUGAAAGGCGAAGCGGGCGUUCACCGCGUCCAACGUGUCCCCACCACCGAAAAAAAGGGCCGCACUCACACCAGCGCCGUCAGCGUUCUGGUCCUGCCCAGCCUCCCCGCCCCUGGCUCAGCAGGAAUCGAAGACACGGCACUCAAUUUCGAAGACCCAAACAGCGACUACUAUAUCAACCCAGGCGAAGUCCGAGCGGAAACCAUGCGCGCUCGUGGUGCAGGAGGCCAACAUGUUAACAAGACCGACUCUGCUAUUCGGCUGACCCAUGGCCCCACCGGGAUCGUAGUAGCGAUGCAAGAGUCGCGCUCCCAGCACAAGAAUCGCGAAAAGGCAUGGCAGAUUCUCCGGGCCAAGCUGGCGCAGAAACGACGCGAAGAGCGCGAAAACGAGCUCAUUGAUCUGCGCCGGAAGAUCAUGGGCGGGGUGUCCAUGACGGGCAGGGAAGACAAGGUGAGGACGUACAAUUACAGUCAGCAGCGAGUUACGGAUCAUCGAUGUGGCAGCGAGACGGGAAGCCUGCCGGAUGUGCUGGAGGGUGGGCAGGCGCUGGAGAAGAUCAUGCGUGAUGUUGGCGAGUGGAUGCAGGAGCAGGAGAUUGCUGUGCUAGCAGCAGAAGAGGAGGUGAAGGCGAGCGAGUUGAAAAGUCAGAAGGGCAGGAGGACGUGA